AUGUCGCCGCCUAAGUUAACCCCCAAGUCAGCCGAAGCUCUCAUUCUGGGAGAAUAUUUCCCUCAUCCUCCUUCGUCCAUUACUCUUGACGACAUGGCAGGCGUGCGAUUCCUCUACGGUCUCUCCUCGGAGACGGAGCUUCUGGGCCCGGGACCUGAAUUAUCCCCAAAGAUCCGCCGCACGGGUAAUGCUGCGCAUAUGAGAUCUUCCGUUACCGGAGCUUCUGGUGAAAGCGAUACGCUGGCCGCGGAGCACAACUACCUACUCACCUUCCAGGAUAUUCUUCACCUCUACACCAUAAAAAGUGGUCGAACUAUGGGAACCUUUUACCUCAAUCCGCUGUCCGGACUUCGGCUUUUUGAUGACUUGCCCGAAAAAGAUGACCAUUGGCGAAGUGGCUACUUUUUCUUUCCGGUGAACAAGGACACCUUCGGCGACCUGCAGGAUCUGUUUAUCCCGCACUGGUCUCCAAAAAUUGGUAGAGCUGCGAGGAGACUAGAUAUCGUACUUUUCUUCGCACCCCGGCUGUUACAAACUGGUUAUUUCUUCUCCUUUUCAGCUGCUCUCGACCGUGGGUCUCUGUCCAGCACAUUGGUGGACCACUUCAUCACAUUAUGUCGCAGCCAGAUCGCGUGGGACUCCUUAGCUGUAUCCUCCAAUCGGGCUAGAGUAGAAAAGGCGCAGAAGUUCAACAAGGGCUUGAAGGCUGCCGAGAUAGAGCUGGCGACAGCAGGGGCAUCUCUAGAGGAUUCGCGGGACAAGCUGCUGAGGCUGGAGAGCUAUACUUCAAGGCUAUCGAAGCGGAGAAGGAAGGCUGACGAGCAAGUCGCCCUUCUCAAAGCCAAAAAUGUAAAAGAUCUAAAGUUUGACCCCGCGUCCUUCUCUGCUCUUUUGGACGAUACUCCCCCCGACCUAGAGUUGGGUUCUAGCUAUGCCCUGCUUAUGAUUGAGGAACCUGUAGCUGACCCUCCAACUCUGCUGGCCCAGGAGUUCGAAGCUGGCCAGUCAGAGCUGGCGGAUCCUCUUGCUCUUGGGACUGGUGAUAAGUGUGCUACUCAAGAGACCGAUGCUCGAGACCCUCCUAUGGAUCCUGAGGUUAACUGA